UUUCCAGAACUGAUUUAUAAUAAAAAUUACGAUGAAAGUUGCCUAUUUGCUCGCUAUCAUGCUGGUGUUUGCCACUGCUGUCAAUGCCUUAAACACUGAAAGAUUUGGAAAAGAGAUGACUGUCCAAGAGACUUCUGAAGUCCCAGAGUACUUCAUGACCUUCCUCCAAAUGGUAGGUGGAGAUAACUUAAUGGAGAACUCAUGUGCAAGGCAAUCAUUUGCUGCUGUUUUCGGAUUCCUUGCAGUUGUCAACUUGAUCAUUCACGGAGACCAAUGGCACCAUGUCAUCACCAGACUUUUCUUGUUCUUCGGAGAUUUCCAUUCUGCUUUGGUCGAAUGUGGAGUAAUCUAAUUUAUGUCGAAUCUGUUCUGUUUAUAUCCAUAAAAAUUCCACUAAUUUUUCUUAUCAAUUAUGGCAUUGGCCCAUUUGAGCCAAGGUCUUAGAUUAUUUUCUUAGAUAGCAUGGUAGGUAAUAGU